GCACCACCCACCCCGACCCAGCGAGGCCUGGCUCGCUCGGUCUCCGCCCCGCACCAGUCUCCUCACCAACCCAACCAGCACCGUGUUUCCACCGACCGCUCCGUGCGUCGCGUGUUGUCGCCGACGCCCGGGCCCGGACCACCACCUGUUGACUGUUCCACCUCCUCCUCCCUUCCUUCCUUCCUUCCUUCCUGCCUCCUCCCCUCUCGCCAUCGGCCGCCCCUCCCCCUCCUGCUGCCGCGCGCGGGCCAGCGCUCCUAUAUAAGCCACGCGUUGAGUCUCUUCCCGGCAAGCUCGUCAAUCCAAUCACCCAGCCAACCACCUCUCCCCUCCCCUGCAAGCUCAGCCCAGAUCUCGUCUCCUUCCUUCCUCGAACCAAGCAUCACCAAUGGCGACCACGGCAGCCGACGCCACGGCCGCGGCGCCCAAGGAGCAGCCCGCCAGCACCGGCGGCGAGCAGGUCACGCGUCACUCCGAGGUCGGCCACAAGAGCCUGCUCCAGAGCGACGCCCUCUACCAGUACAUCCUGGAGACGAGCGUGUACCCGCGCGAGCACGAGUGCAUGAAGGAGCUCCGCGAGAUCACCGCCAACCACCCAUGGAACCUGAUGACGACGUCGGCGGACGAGGGCCAGUUCCUCAACAUGCUGCUCAAGCUCAUCGGCGCCAAGAAGACCAUGGAGAUCGGCGUCUACACCGGCUACUCCCUCCUCGCCACCGCGCUCGCCAUCCCUGAAGACGGCACCAUCUUGGCCAUGGACAUCAACCGCGAGAACUACGAGCUGGGGCUGCCGUGCAUCGAGAAGGCCGGCGUGGCGCACAAGAUCGACUUCCGCGAGGGCCCGGCGCUCCCGGUGCUGGACGCGCUGCUGGAGGACGAGGCCAACCACGGCACCUUCGACUUCGUCUUCGUGGACGCCGACAAGGACAACUACCUCAACUACCACGAGCGCCUCAUGAAGCUCGUCAAGGUCGGCGGCCUCCUCGGCUACGACAACACCCUCUGGAACGGCUCCGUCGUGCUCCCCGCCGACGCCCCCAUGCGCAAGUACAUCCGCUACUACCGCGACUUCGUCCUCGACCUCAACAAGGCCCUCGCCGCCGACCAGCGCGUCGAGAUCUGCCAGCUCCCCGUCGGCGACGGCAUCACCCUCUGCCGCCGCGCCAAGUGAACGGACACGGAGCACCCGUCUCCGCGCUCCGCCGUAGAUGCCAAGAACAAGAAUUAAUUAAUUUCCCCCAUUUUGUCUUUCUUGCUCGCCUUCCGUACUCUAUAUCUAUCUUCUGCAAUUCGUAUAAAGAUUUCUCCAGACAAAUGAUCAAA